UUUUGGCGAUCGAAAUGGCGCCUGCGUCCAUCACUUCCCGUUUCAAGCAAUCAGUCACCCCCGAUGCGCUUAGAGCCUAUCUUGCAGAGUUCAUCUCCACGUUCUUUUACGUGUUUGCGGUUGUCGGUUCUGCCAUGGCUUCACGGAAAUUGACGUCGGACUCGGCAACAAGCGAUCCGUCUAGUCUGGUGUUAGUCGCCAUCGCAAACGCAUUCGCUCUGUCUUCGACGGUGUACAUGGCGGCAAACGUCUCCGGUGGACACGUAAACCCGGCCGUCACCUUCGGGAUGGCAGUUGGAGGUCAUAUUAAUGUCUCGACGGCUCUAUUUUACUGGGUUUCUCAAAUGUUAGCCUCUGUCAUGGCUUGCCUUCUGUUGAAGGUCGCUACCGUCUCCCAGGACGUGCCAAUAUAUACAAUAGCGAGUGAAAUGACGGGGUUCGGAGCAUCGAUGGUGGAAGGAGUGCUUUCAUUCGGUUUGGUGAACGUUGUUUAUGCAGGGAGGAGCGGUCCAUUGAGGGGCAUUGGACCGGUGGCGAUAGGACUGAUGGCAGGAGCCAUGACGCUGGCGGCAGGGCCGUUCUCGGGAGGGUCAAUGAACCCUGCAUUAGCGUUUGGGUCGGCGGUGGUGGCGGGUCGGUUCAAGAACCAGGCAGUAUACUGGGUUGGACCGUUGAUUGGAGCAGCCGUUGCUGGGCUUGUGAAUGACAAUGUUGUGCUCCUGGUUCAAGCAUCAGUGGAUUCAGAUGGAACGACUGCAGUUUAAUUAUUCU